CACUAUUGUAUCCGUUUCCGAAAACCGCCAUCUUUGUUUCUUUCGCUUGUCAGAAUUGACUGAUAAGGCCUCAAUAUGCAGCUUCACAUCAGAGGACAGUCUACGCACGUUCUAGACGUCAAUGGACAAGAAUCCAUUGGUCAGAUCAAGGAGCGCCUGCGCGCCCUUGAGGGAGUUGAAGCCGAGGAGGUGACCCUCUCGCUCUGCGGUGCUCCCCUUGAGGACGCCUGCCUCGUGUCGGAGCUCUCCUCCGCUGAGCUGGACUUCACAGUGCCACUGCUCGGUGGUAAAGUGCACGGAUCCCUGGCUCGUGCUGGUAAGGUGAAGGGUCAGACCCCCAAGGUGGAGAAGCAGCAAAAGAAGAAGAAGAAGACCGGCCGUGCCAAGCGCAGGAUCCAGUACAACAGGAGAUUCGUGAACGUUGUGCAGACCUUCGGCCGUCGCCGCGGACCUAACUCCAACUCGUAGGUUAAAAAUAUUGUAUAUAAAAUGCAAAUAUAACAUCUUGUUUGCACCA